AAAGAGGUAGAAGCAGAGCUAAGGAGAGAGUGGGUGUGGGUUCAAAUAUAAUUUACCCGUAAAAGUCACGCUACCUCUGUUCAGAGUCCUCGUGCCUCAGCAGGGCGCGUGCGUUCAGUUAGUUUCCUGCGCGAGUCCAGUCAAGAGCGCGAGACACAGAAAACGCUUUCUUCUUUAUUAAGGCCAAACGACGUGACGGGCGCAUGCAGGAGCAGCAUGGGAAGGUCACACCUGGCUAUCAGGAUGAGAAUAAGACGGCAUAAAGUCUUCCUGUUGUGCUUACUGGGGAUUUGUGUCAUUUCCUUCCUUCAUUACUACAAAGCCCUGCACAAUAUUUCACUGCUGCAGGAGCUCUCCGCUCCUUCCACGCAUCUGAAGUCUCUGAAGAUCUUCAGUGAUAUCUUCUGGAAUUUUCCAGCUGCUGACUUCCGACCCCAGCAAGACUUUCACAAACACAGCCAACUGAAGGUCAAUGUCGACUCAAAUUUGAUCCUGAAAGGUCCUCCAGAUAAGAAACUUCACGAACGUACUUUUGUGCUCCGGGAUGAUCCCACACCCUUCUUCAUCCACACCAAAUCCGGAGCAGUGUGCUUCAGAGAGGGGAUUGAUAUGACCGCCUCUGCAUCUCACCACAGGUUACUGCAACAACAUCACAGAGAAAUCAAGUUUAAAGAUAAAGCAAUCAACGAAGUUGAGAAGGUGGUUCAGUGUCCCUGCCGGCAGGGCUGGCACGGCCCUCACUGUGGCAUCCCUACCAUCGUAUAUCAUUCCAAUCUCCCGUCCAAGUCAAAAGUAACACCCAGAAAGGUUCCCCGUCGGGUCAUCAAUGCCAUCAACAUCAACCACGAGUUUGACCUACUACACACUCGAUUCCAUGAACUUGGAGAUGUCGUGGAUGUGUUUUUGGUCUGCGAAUCCAAUUUCACUGCGUUCGGUGACUCAAGAACUCUUUUAUUCCAGCAGAUGAUCUUAAACGGGACGUUUGACUACAUAAAGCACAAAAUCCUGUACGUCUUCCUGGACCAUUUUCCCGAUGGCGGUCGCACAGACGGCUGGAUCGCGGAUGAUUACCUCCGCACGUAUUUAACCAAAAACGGAAUGUCGAGGCUCGAGGGCCUCAAAGCAGAUGAUGUUUUCAUCAUCGAUGAUGCGGAUGAAAUUCCUGUUCGAGAUGGAAUUCUUUUCCUCAAGCUCUACGAUGGCUGGACGGAACCAGUCGGGAUACACAUGCGCAAAUCCCUAUAUGGAUUCUACUGGAGGCAGUUCGGAACGCUGAACGUUUUAUCUGCUUGCACGGCAGCGAUGCUCUUUAAGGUUUACAAGGGUGAUGGCAUUUAUCUCCGGCGCCGGUCAUAUUAUUCCAUGUCGGGAUUCCGGGAAUACGAGAACUCCACGGGACGCAUUCUGGUGCCGUGGGCCAUCGGAAGUCCAGUUCACUAUGCUGGGUGGCACUGUUCUUGGUGUUUUAAACCAGAAGGAAUUUAUUAUAAACUCAUAUCGGCCCAAAAUGGAGACUUCCCACGUUGGGGCGAUUACAGCGAGAAACGGAAGAUGAGUUAUAUUAAAGAGUUAAUACGGACAGGGGGUUGGUUUGAUGGGUCUGCUCCAGAAUACCCUCCCUCAGACCCCAAAGAGCAUAUGUAUGCUCCCAAAUACCUGCUGGACAACUAUGAAAAAUAUCGCUACUUGCUCGAAAACCCAUAUGCAACGAUAAACGUUAAGAGAAAUGGGUCAAGUUUUAAAGGGGUCAUAUGAUGCUGCUAAAAAGAACAUGAUUUUGGGAGUAUUUGGUGUAAUGUGAUAUGUGUUUAUGCAGUUUAAGGUAAAAAAAAAAACAUAUAAUUUUCCACAUAAUCUACAUUAUUGUGUCUCCUCUAUGCCCCGCCCACUGAAACACAUCGAUUUUUACAAAGCUCAUCGGUCUGAAAAGCGAGGUGUGCUCUGAUUGGCCAGCUAUCCAGUGCAUUGUGAUUGGCCGAACACAUCAAGCAUGUGACAGAAAUGUUGCGCCCCUCACCAUACUGUGAUGCCCUUUCCGGCCGGGGUGACGAGACAUAAUCAUAAAAUCCAUUGUCAACGUGAUAUAAACAUUUCUAGUCAUGUCCUCUUUUGAAAGGCCAAACAAAGUAGUUUCACUCUCACAGUGACAACAUCAACAUGGUGACAGCAACAAUACUACAGCCAUAAUAAAAUGGGGAAUUUAAAUGGGCAGCUUAAUAGGCAUAAGCGAGAAGUGAAACUGAACGAUAGUAAGGAGUUUCACAGCCUUUCGUGAUUCAGUUUUCAAGUUCCAGAGUUAUGAGAUAUGAAUUCCCUCCACAUCACAGAUGGACCAUAAUAACAUGAAGGAAUACCAACAUGUUUUACUAUUUAAUCAGAUUUGAUACUUUAGACUCUAUCAAGAACUAUAGCAAGUGAUUUAGCCACUUCAUGGCUAUAAACUGAAAAUUAUAUUUUUAUGGUUUAAAAACUGUUACAAUUAAUUAGAUUAUUCUCCAUACAAACCAUCUGGUGAGACCAAGGUGCCUAUACCUAUACCCAACGUGGUUUUACUCCUGCUUCUAUGAAAAGAUCUCCAAACGUAAUCAUAGUAGUGUAUGGAAAAAAUUGCACUUAAAUGGAUUUGAUGCG